GUGCCAGAGCAGUCUCCUUUGCUGUGCUUCUCUGAGAAACACACACCCACACACACCAGAACACUCUUCAUUGCUGGUUGGGGGAGAGUGCUGAAUCCUUUCCUCUUUGCCUGGAUCAUGCUGCCCUGGAAAAGAAGUAAGUUUGUGCUGGUGGAGAACGAGUCCAAAAGCAAGCCGAAAAGUCUUGGAGCUGGACUGACUUAUCAUUCCCUGCUUUCGACUUUGCUCCACUCCUGUCCGGACCUUGUUCCCGACUGCCCGUUUCAAUGGCUGGGGAGCGUUUUCCACAGCAAACGCCAGAAAGUGGAGCUCAACAAAGAGGAACCCACCUACAACGUGCGUUACCUGGGCAGCGCAGUCACCAUCAUGGCUAAAGGUGAGGAUUGCAUGCAGGAGGCGGUGGCUAAGAUUUGGAUUCGCAGCAACUACGGCGAACAGAGCGCCAAGAUGAAGGUCAGCGUCGGGCCGCACGGAAUUCGCAUGGGGGUGGAUAAAGGUGGCAAAAAGAAGCCCGUCCACCUUUAUUCCCUCAACCGUAUCACAUACUGCAGUGCUGACCCCUUCCGGCCAAAGAUCUUUGCGUGGAUUUACAGGCAUCAGGUGAAGAAUAAAGCGGUGGUUCUACGAUGCCACGCCAUCCUGUUGGCGAAGGCAGAAAAGGCCCGAGCAUUAACUCUCAGCCUGUACCAAAACUCAACAUCGGCAUUCACAGAGUUCAAACGACUAAAGCGCCAGUCCGACUUCCGUCAUUGCCAGCAGCAGCUGUUGGGCGAGGACAUUGUGCCUCUUAUGCCUCUUCGGAGACUCCUGAAUGGCCAAUGCCACUACCAGCCACCUGCAGAAAAGCCUGGAAGCGCCACACGGCUCUCCUCGAUUACUGAGGAAGAGGAGGAGGAUGAGGAUGGACCGAGGGAUGCUGAAUCCACCAACACGAAAAACGCCGGAACUCCCAGUCCUUCUCCUCCAGAGAAAGAUCUGGGGAAGAUCGUAAAUAGACUGGAUGAGGUUUCGAUUACCAGCUGGGAUGAAGCACAGAUGACUAUCAGCACUCUGGUGUGACGUCAAAUGAAUACAGUUUAGUGUCCUCACCACUGAGCCUCUGUCCUGUCGCCUCUCUUGCCAACCCACUCUGUUUGGUACGUCCAUCAAUGCACCGUGAAACAGCCCCUCGAAACUCGGGAUAAGGUCCGUUGGCAGCCACAAUGCCGCCUGCAGAGGAAGCGUUACACGAGCUGUAUGGAGAGGAAGAGCCAGUAGAAGCACAAUGUAAGGAAGACCACAGGUACAACAAUCAUCUCGGAGUUUGUUGAGAGCUUACACUGAAAAGCCUUUAUCUACCCCCGACAUUGAGCAAAGCUUAAACUGCACACCCAAAGAAGAUAAAGAAUUCAUCUUGUACUCUCGUACUCACUGUGAUUUUGUGAGUACAUGCCAAGUGCUUUAGACUGAUGGACUAUGAGAAGGAACCUUAAAAUGUGACUUUUUGUACAACCAGAUGGUCUUUUGAUGUUUAUAACUGUCCCCCGGUGACCUCUUUCAACUGGCUCCGCUUCAAUGGGAUGCGGUUAAAGCCGGUUUAUUGGCAUUGGGAGCAGCACUAAUGAAUUAAACCAUAACUUAGGAAUCGAGGCAUUGACUUGACAUGUUUACUGCUGCCAUUCGUCAUAGCUCUGCUAAUCAGUAAUGCAUAACAAUUGGAGGCAUCACCUGUGACGUUUGAGAUGGGCCUUUUAAAACAUUUAUGAAUGGUAUCUAUUUUACACUGUGAUUUGUUUGGGACCAAAAGGCAGCAAUGUAUCUUGUAUUUAUUCAAACAAGCAAUUGUAAUUUAUGCUGAAUAUGUGUUGGUGUAAUUAAAUAAUCAUAAAAACUAAUUUUUAUGCCAUUCACGUGAAGGUCGUAGCUCCCAUCUAUGAACUCUAGCAUGUGUUUUUGUAAUUUCAGCUCAUCGUAUUAAUCUUCUGGAAACUAUAUGGAGAAUAUGGUGAUUUUUUUUCUACUACUUUCAUCUUUUUCUGCACAAUGGGACACUGUCAGUGUGG